AUGUCAUCCCUUGUUGACCCCCAGGUGGAUGAACGAAGCAUGGACAGUGAACGCAAAUGGAGCAUGAAACCGCUUUUGCAGAAGGCAGAGCGCCAGCAUAAACGGUUGCCGGGUAUAAGAAAAAUUCCACUCCGUGCAAUUGCUAUCAUUCUGUUUAUUGCAUUUUUGAAUGCUAUCGUUUGGGUUGCAGCCGCGAUUGUUUUGCGUUAUAAUUCAUCGCUUGUUUCUACAGCAGUUCUCGCAUAUACUCUUGGCCUGCGACAUGCGUUUGAUGCUGAUCAUAUUUCUGCUAUCGAUUUGAUGACAAGACGGCUGCUCGCCACUGGCCAAAAGCCAGUGACUGUUGGAACCUUUUUCUCUCUAGGCCACUCGACAAUUGUUAUUAUUACAUCUAUUGUUGUUGCAGCAACUGCUGCCGGCGUGUCCUCCCAUUUUGAUGAUUUCAGCACGAUCGGUGGAAUCAUCGGUAGCUCUGUCAGCGCUGUGUUUCUUAUCUUGCUAGGCAUUAUGAACGGUUAUAUCUUGUACAAGUUGAUCAAGCAAAUGCAAAAGGUUUUCAGUCUGCCUGAAGGCCAAGAAGGUGAAGCUUGGAAGAUCGAAGGCGGCGGGUUUUUAUUCUCGAUUCUCAAGAAAAUGUUUAAACUCAUUGACCGUCCGUGGAAAAUGUAUCCCCUUGGGAUCCUUUUCGGCCUAGGAUUCGACACUUCUUCGGAGAUCGCUCUUCUUGGUAUUUCGUCCAUUGAAGGUGCCAAAGGAACAUCUUUUUGGGUGAUCUUGAUCCUCCCAGCCCUGUUCACAGCUGGAAUGUGUCUUCUCGACACAAUCGAUGGAGCUCUCAUGUUCACGCUCUAUAUUCAACCAUCUGCCAAUUUUCUACCACCAAAGCGGAACAGCGUAUCAUCCGAAGGUUCAACCGAAGUUACAGGUGAUGAACUUCCUCAAUCAGAUGAUAACCAUCGCGACCCUAUCGCAUUUCUAUACUAUUCGAUCGUGCUCACCACACUGACCGUCAUUGUUGCCAUUGUCAUCGGUGUAAUCCAACUGCUCACUAUGAUUUUGAACGUGACCGAUGCUAAGGGUAAAUUCUGGGAUGGUGUCCAAACAGCUGGAGAUUACUAUGAUGUGAUUGGUGGGUCAAUCUGUGGUUUGUUCAUCAUCUUUGGCGGUCUCAGUGUGUUUUUGUACAAGCCAUGGAGAAGAUGGAUGGCGCGCCGACACGGCCAAAGCAUGACAGCAGAUGAGGAAACAGAUCGCGAUGGUCCCGCUAGUCUCACUGAUCAGGCCGGCAAUACUAUUCAUGAGAGUAGCGAUGACACGCAGUAUGCUCAAACCGAGGUAGUUGGGAAAGGAACGUCUUCCCGAGUUGAAGUGAAGGAGACUCGUGAGCGCACAAUUGAGGAGGAGAUUGUUUAG